GUCCUCUCUCCCAUCUUCUCCUCCUGGGCGUCUUGAUUUGUCUCCAAAGCUAAGUAUUACCUUCCUCAUCCUUCUCUCUCUUUUUUUUUUUGGGUAAUUAGAGAGGUUCUGUCUGGUCUUUUGUGGGUGCCUUGGCGUUGAUUCAAAAAUAUCAGAUUUUUGGGUCCUGAUUCGCCUGAUUUAUCUUCGAUUUCUUGGUGCUCGGGUAUUUUUUUUGACGGCAUAUUUCGUUUGUUAUCUUGUCCUGGAAACGAUUUCCUGUUCCAAAAUCCGAUCUUUUUGGUUGUAAAUUAUACCAAAGAUUGGAAUUUUUGGUCGCUGUUUGAGCUGAUUUAUCCCUGAUUUCUGGGUAUUCCGGAGGUUUUGUUGCAUCUUCGGGCUUGUUAUCUCUUCUGGAAAACAAAGCACUGUUGCAGAAUCCGAUCUUUCUGAAGGUGGGUUUGGUCCGUGUUUCGAGGGUUUGUUCCAUUAGAUCUCUCGGCUGGCACAAGACCCUGUUCCAGAAUCUCUUCUUCUGGGGUCCUCCACUACGAAUUCCACAUUCUAUUAGACAGCACUUGUUUAAAGAUCCCAUCUUCAAGCUACGUUCUUGCUGUUUUGCCCCAACUCCAGCUUCCGUCCGCUCGAAUUUGGCAUUCCAUCAGUCGAUUCAGCUCCAUCAUCUCCCAUCAAGACCCUCUUUUCUGCUCUUAGGAAUCCGUCUCGCUGAUUGCACUGGAGUUCCCUAUUCAUGAUAUCGAUGGUCUCGUGCCGAACUCCAUUAAGAGGACCUCUCUAGCCUUUAUGAACAUUGCCGCACACCUCCGCCGUAUCUGCUUCCUCCAUUCCUUCUCUGUGGUAUUCCUUUACCAUUUCUACGUGAUCUCGUGAAUUAAAUUUCUCAACUUGAUCACUUCGAUCUGAUAGAGGCCGUGAGUUAUCAAUCGAUUCAAUUCCCGGAGAUCUUGUGGUUGAAAGGCUAAGUAGAAUAGGAUGUCGUUGGUGCCGCCCCCCCAGACUUCUGGUUCCGAGGAAGAUGCACAGCUCAUAGAUGAGAGGAAGCGCAAGAGGAUGCUCUCGAACCGGGAAUCGGCGAGGAGGUCCCGGAUGAGGAAGCAGCAGCACCUGGAUGAUUUGCUGAGCCAAGUUGCUCGGCUGAAGGAGGAGAACAGCCAGAUCUCAAUGCAGGUCAAUCUGUUGACCGAGCAAUAUGCGAGGCUGGACUCAGAGAACACAGUUCUGAGGACUCAGGUGAUGGAAUUGACUGAUAGGCUUCGAUCGCUGAAUUCGGUUCUUCACCUUGUGGAGGAGCUCAGUGGGAUGGCAAUGGAUAUACCUGAGAUACCCGAUCCGAUCCUCAAGCCAUGGCAGCAUGCUUGCCCUGCCAUCAUGGCGUCGGCGAAUGUGUUCCAGUGCUGAAGGUUGAAUUUAUCAUGCGAGAGCUGCGAUGGCAACCCUUCUUGCGAUCAAUGAGCUUUUAAUUCAGGCAUUUGCUGCAUGAUCCUUUGUUAGUUGCUAUAUGUUGAGUAGUUGUUUUUUUUUUUUAAUUUGGUGUUAAAAUGAGUAUGCAAUAUAUGUUUCUGUAGACUUUGAAUGUAAGAGAUCACCUUUUAUUUGAUAUUCUUGUUGAUUGAGAUGAAACUUUUAAUUGCUAUUUGGCCUGCACCUAUCAAUUUGAAUGACAUUAUAGUUUGUGUCAA